AUGGAGUCCGCGGAGGACUGGCUAGUGGAAUCCUUGCGCUUGUACCAGGAUUUCCAUGCAUUUGACCUCCCAGGAGCCACUCGAGUCCUGGAAUGGAUUGGUGACACAGGAGUUUUUGUUGCUGGCUAUGAAAAGUUGAAAAGAAAUGAAAUUCUUCACCUGACAUUACCUCCCCGACUUUCUGUAAAAGAAAACCAGGGCUUACUCCCGGAAAGAGAUUUCAAGGUGUGCCACGGAGGAUUUUCAGACAGGGCUAUCUUUGAUCUGAAGCACGUGCCCGACACCAGGUUGCUGGUGACCAGUGGCCUUCCAGGUUGUCACCUGCAGGUAUGGCAGAUCGCAGAGGACAGCGAUGUCAUUGCAGCUGUCAGCACCAUUGCUGUGCCUGAGAAAGAGGGGAGUCUCUGGCCGAGGAUCGCCAUCUGCCCGUCAGAGGCACCUGGAGUCCUCCACGGGGCGCAGCUCAGCGGCCUGAAGGUGGUGGAUCUGGAAUCCCAGAAGGUCACGUACACCUCAGGCGUCGGUGACAGUGAGGAGCUGAGUAGCCUGCAGGUCCUGGACGCAGACACCUUUGCCUUCUGCUGCACCUCGGGCCGGCUGGGGCUCGUUGACACCCGCCAGAAGUGGGCGCCGGCAGAGAAUGCCAGCCCCAGCCCCCGGUCCAGUGGAGGGAGGUGGUGUGCAGACGUCAGGGCCAAGGGCCAGGGCCCUGGGCCCAGCAUUGCCAGCCUGUGCUCAGAUGGGCAGCUUUGUCUUCUUGACCCUCGGGAUCUCUGCCAUCCGGUGCGCUCAGUGCAGUGCCCAGUGUCCACGCCCAGCCCGGACCCAGAGCUGCUGCGAGUGACCUGGGCUCCAGGCCUGGACAACUGCUUGGCCGUUUCAGGUUUCGAUGGGACAGUCCACAUCUAUGACGUCACGUCCCGGGAUGGAACGGAGGGCCCCGAAGAGCCUCUCUUCACUCACAGAGGUCACCUCUUCCUGGAGGACCAGGGGACGGGCGCUGCUCCGCUGGUCACCACCCACACCUGGCACCCCUGCAAGCCAAGGACUCUGUUGUCGGCAGCAAGCGACGCCUCCGUGCAAGUGUGGGAAUGGGUGGACCCCCGGGCCUCCCGCUGA